CUGAAAGCAAGAUGUCUUCCGCUAAAUGGUGCAGUGUAUUAAUAUGCACUUGCCUUGCUUUCGUUUUCCUCUCACUGUGUCUCGUGUCCCAACCUACAGCGGCGAGUGCAGGGACUAACCGUCAUAUCAGGGAGAUUUUUAUCGGACAAUGCUGGUACUACACGGAGUAUAUCGGUCAAAGUUUAAGCGAGAACGUUCAGAAGAACUGCACAGAUCUUUGGGAGAAAUUUUCUCAUGCCUGGAUGUACAAAGACCCGUGUAACGUCACAGUGGCGGACUAUGAACCGUUUGUUAAUGCAGCCACUGUUCCAGGAGAGGUCCCUACAAAUAAGGCGGUAUUUUGGGAGGCCGCGUACACCCUAGCACACGAUUAUAGCGGCAGACGGCGCCGGUACGUGGCUUCUGCUGACAUCCUGACUGGCUACCUGGGUAAUCACGUGUUCUCCUGGUGUGGUCAGGAGGAGGAGCCAGGCAUCAACUAUGACCACUGUCCACUGGAAGAGGACUGUCCCAUGUUCCAGGGCCAAUAUGGCGGAAUGUGGACAGCCGUGUCGAAAGCAGUGAGAGCAUUUGGUUUCAGCUACAGAAAAACAAGUCUUUUCUUUUAAUCUCUAAUUUUGGACCCAUUAACCUCUAAUCUAGGAUCCAGUAUACUGGGCCCAGGCUCUAAUUGACUGUGAAUGUCGACAGGGAAUUUUAAUGAAAGGAGAUGCAGUUUAAAAUACGUAUUUUUAUUGCCAUAUAUAACAGAUUCUUCCUUUAUCGAUGUUUUGAUAGGUAAAAAUCUGAACACACCAACAAACAUACCUUACCCUGACAAACUCCUUCGAUGCCAAGAUUAAUUCUUAUUCUGAAAUUGCAAUCGUAUAAUUCUGAUCAGAAACCAUUUAAAGAUAAAGUUGCUCACAGUAGAAGUAACGUAUAUUUUAACCUAUUAUUUUUUUCAUUGAGGACCAUCUGUAUAUAGAUUUCUCCUUAUAAUAUUCUACGAAUACUCUUUUCAUUGAACUUUAUUAUGCUUUAUUUAUAUAAAAUGCUGCCACUUUAAUAGACAAUUGGAAACAUUGAAAUAAGAUCAUAUGUUUAUGGGGAUUAUUUGCAUAUUUUACCGAAAGUUUGCAGAGGUCUGUACUGGGGUAAUUAAAAUGAUCCUCAAUGGAACGACGGCUGGGACCAGUGUGGCCUUCAACGAAAGAAGGUACUACGAUAAAUUAUCUCACUGGCACACGUGUAAUCACAUGGAUUCAAAGCAGACAUUUAAGGAAAAUACUUCAGUAAAUUUGUCUUUUAGUAUUCUUUUUUUAGAAAACACGUUGGAUGGUAAAAAUUACAAGUUUCUAUUUAUUUCAAUACUGAUUAAAAGAUAUCCAAGGUUUCUA